CGCCGCGGAGAGGGAGGGGCCCAACGCAGUCCGCCUGUCCGCCUGCCCAGCUCACCACCGCUCGCCGCUGCCCAGUGUCCUCGCGAGCCCAGCUCCGACCGGCGAAGGCGACGGCCAGCACGAGCCCGGGCCCGGGCGCUGGAGGCAGAGGCCGGCGGAGGCGCAGCCUGAGCGACCCGGCGUGUGAGCCCUGCUCACCGGUGCGGCAUAGUUGGUGAAAUCUUCCUGUGAAGAAUAAGGAUCCCUAAUUGUAAGAAGGGCCCCACAAGCACCAUUAACUAGAAAGCAAGGAGCAGUAUGACAGAACCAUCUAGCCAAGUCUGAAGUGUGAAGACGACCAUAUCACCAGAAGACCCAGGAUGGAUCUGCACCAAAGUACCACAGUCCGGCUCCUGGAGAAACGGUGGUCCGGUGAGUCACCAUCUGGCUGCAGGAGACAUUGUAACGCCAGGAAAAAACUGAAGCUAAUUCGAGUCAUUGGCCUUGUCAUGGGCCUGGUAGCUAUGAGCACUGUCUCUUUUUCAAUCAGUGCCUUUACUGAGACAGACACUCAGAGCAACACAGGAGAAGCCAGUGAGGUGAGUGGCCCCAGAGUAGCACAGGGCCAUCGUCAAAGAACUCUCUUAGAUUUGAAUGACAGGGUUCAAGAUAACACUCCACAGCCACCGGCUUCUCAGGAGGACAAAGCUGAGAACAGCACCGAUCAUGCCCAGGGAGACUACCCAAAGGACAUCUUUUCCCUGGAGGAGCGCAGGAAAGGCGCCGUCAUCCUCCAUGUCUGUGGGAUGGUCUACAUGUUCGUCGCCUUAGCCAUCGUCUGUGAUGAGUUCUUUGUUCCUUCCUUGACUGUCAUCACUGAAAAACUGGGUAUCUCCGAUGACGUGGCUGGAGCCACCUUCAUGGCUGCAGGCGGGUCAGCCCCAGAGCUUUUCACAUCUCUGAUAGGGGUCUUCAUUGCUCACAGCAAUGUUGGCAUAGGCACCAUCGUAGGCUCGGCAGUGUUCAAUAUCCUCUUUGUUAUUGGCAUGUGUGCUCUGUUUUCUAGAGAAAUCUUAAAUCUGACAUGGUGGCCACUCUUUCGGGAUGUGUCCUUCUACAUCAUUGAUUUGAUCAUGUUGAUCAUAUUUUUCCUGGAUAACGUUAUCAUGUGGUGGGAAAGCUUACUCCUCUUAACAGCCUAUUUUGUCUAUGUGGUUUUCAUGAAGUUCAACGUCCAAGUGGAAAGAUGGGUGAAGCAAAUGAUAAGUCGCAAUAAAGUUGUCAAGGUGACAGCCCCAGAAGCCCAGGCAAAGUCAUCUACAGCUGGGGACAAGGAAGAGCCGGCCUUACCGGCCAAGCCGCGUCUCCAGCGCGGUGGAAGUUCUGCCUCCCUCCACAACAGUCUCAUGAGGAAUAGCAUCUUCCAGCUCAUGAUUCACACCCUUGACCCCCUCGCCGAAGAACUUGGAUCAUAUGGAAAACUAAAAUAUUAUGACACAAUGACUGAAGAAGGGAGAUUCAGAGAAAAAGCUUCAAUUCUCCACAAGAUUGCCAAGAAGAAAUGCCAGGUGGAUGAGAACGAGAGGCAGAACGGGGCUGCCAAUCAUGUGGAAAAAAUCGAACUCCCCAACAGCACGAGCACAGAGGUCGAAAUGACACCAUCGAGUGAAGCCUCGGAACCUAUGCAGAAUGGGAACCUCUCCCACAGCAUCGAAGCUACAGAUGCCCCGCCAGCCACAGAGACUGCUGAGGAGGAGGAUGACCAACCCCUCAGCCUGUCCUGGCCGUCCAGCGCCCGCAAGCAGGUCACGUUCCUGAUCGUUCUUCCCAUCGUGUUCCCUCUCUGGAUCACCUUACCUGAUGUCCGCAAACCUGCUUCCCGCAAGUUCUUCCCUAUCACGUUCUUUGGCUCCAUCACCUGGAUUGCAGCUUUCUCUUACCUGAUGGUGUGGUGGGCACACCAGGUUGGAGAAACAAUCGGCAUUAGUGAAGAGAUCAUGGGUCUGACCAUCUUGGCUGCUGGUACCUCUAUCCCUGAUCUUAUCACCAGUGUCAUAGUGGCAAGAAAAGGACUGGGGGACAUGGCUGUGUCCAGCUCUGUUGGAAGCAACAUCUUUGACAUCACUGUGGGGCUGCCGCUGCCCUGGCUCCUCUACACCAUCAUCCACAGAUUCAAGCCAGUGACUGUCAGUAGCAACGGCCUCUUCUGCGCCAUUGUCCUCCUCUUCAUCAUGCUGCUGUUUGUCAUUCUCUCCAUUGCCCUCUGCAAAUGGCGGAUGAACAAAAUACUGGGUUUCAUCAUGUUUGGCCUCUACUUCGUGUUCCUGGUGGUCAGCGUCCUCCUGGAAGACAGAGUUCUUGAGUGCCCUGUCUCCAUCUAGUGGAAAAGCCAUAUCUUAAACCAACAGUAUGGAUGGUCCCUCCUGGCUCUGGGCUCAACACUCCUUGCAGUCUUGAGAAGAGGCAGCCUGUGCGCAGCCUUGGGACGCAAGCAUCCCUCCUUGGAGGGUUGGAGGAAGGAUGGAUUCUCAUGGGGUCAUUCACUUCCCAGGCACCUCACCCCUGCCUGUUGAAAUGAUUCCAUGAAAGAGACAAAAAGAACCAUCUCUCCAUCACCACUGAUAGGUACUCCUCGCUGGUCGGAGGUACGUUCAUUGUGAUGACACAGAGGAGGACAGAGGCUAUACAUGCAUAUAAAUAUAAAUACUAUAAAUACAUACACAUGAGCAUACAAAUCCUGCCUGUAUCUGUACUAUACCUCUCCUCCUAUACCUAUAGAUUAAUUCAUAACUGUACACAAACAGAAAGAAAAAUUAUAUAUAUAAAAGCAUAUAUAUAUUUAAGUGCAACUGCAUCUUUUCAGGGAUAGUUCUAGCAUAUUUAUAGUACCUAUUUGAAGAGGGGCAUCAACCUUUAACCUUCAGUUUGUGCUCAGGCACAAAAGGUGGAUUAACAGAAUCAGUAGGCAAAGCGCUCUUUGCUGUGGUCUCCAGCCUGCUUGGAUAUACUGAGUUUAGUGAAAUAGUUUGCAGAGAGGAGAGCUCAGUAGAAGAAGUCUGUAGGAGCCCCACUUAGAACUUCUAAAAUACUCUCACAAGCCAAACAGAACCCAUCUGCUCAUCCCCACUGAGAUGCUCUGACUGAGACCCCUGGGAUUCCUUAGGACAGAGGUAAAACUCAGACUGGGUGGAAACAAAGGGGGACUGAUGAAGGUUAGGUUGUUUUGUUUUGCUUUUUCUUGUAUUGCCCCCGCAUGCAAGUAGAUGAUAUGAAUGAAAUACCAAAUUAGUGCUUUCCUAAGACAGCAAAAUUAUAUAAACUGAGUCCAUCUUGUUCCAAUGCAUGGCCCAUUAUCAUCAAAAGAACAAGGGCAAUCUUAGCCAUGAUUGUCAUGUGACAUGCUUUCAUGCCAAGGGCUCAUACACAGUCCAAAGUCCUGCCAAGAGAGCUGAGACGUGUCCUGAGAAACCCCGUCCAGCAGAGGUGCUCAGUGGGAGUUGCCACUGAUGGGAAAAUAAAGGGCACAGCUCCUUGGAGCGUUUCUCGGUGUGAUCACAAAGGGCUGCAGUGUCUAAAAAUCAUUCCCAGUAGAGCUAAACUAACGGCUGACCGUACUUAAUUGAAACAGUUCAGGUUUGUGUGAAGACACAUUUGCCUAUUUUGUGUGUCCCCCAGAACAGUUUCCAAGUCCUGUAUAUGUCAUGAAUUUGGUGUUUACCCAUGCAGCAUCUGUGUCCCUCUCCGCAUCAUAACCCCAUCUGGAACUCUAGUGUUCCAAGUGUACUGGAGACUGUAUUCCAUGGUUUCUUUACACUGCCUUGAAGCAGUUGCUCUCAAAUUACAGUUUGCUGAGUUUGCUCAUCUUCAUAUGGGAUCAUCUCAUUCACUGAGUGCUCCCAAGCUCAUCUGACAUCUUGUGUGAUUUCUCCAGUUUAUUUCAGUAGAAAAUGAGACGGGUUGGCAGCAGCAGGACAAAUUAAACUGAAAAAAAAAAACAUGCAGAGUUUUACAUUUCACUAAACCAUGCUUUCUCCUUAAAAAUCCAUUGAAAAGGUGAAUGGAGAGUGGCCACAUGUAAAUCAGCACCCGUCAUACAUGCAGAAUGUCACCAUGCAUUCAAGUUCUGUCAUUGUGCCUUGUCUGGCUGUGUUGUGAAUACCACUUAACACAGGGAGGCAGGAGGCAGAACACCAGGCAGCCAGUGCACCAGAUCACGUUUAGCAAUCCAUCCACAAAACCUCCAUUCAUUUACAGAGCAUGGCAACAGCAGGCAGAGCCAAAACCACUGUACUCAUAAACAAAAGAUACUUCAAAGCAGAGGCCCCCUGAGUACACAAGAAAUCAGAAGGUCUGCCAACUAAGAAAUUGGCUUUCAAGUCUAUCCAACAAUGCAAAGUUGGAUUUUUGGUUUGGGUUUGGUUUUUUGUGUGUGUGUGGCUGGGGUGUUGUUUGUUUGUUUUUUCUCUGUACUGACUGUCCUGGAACUCACUCCGUAGGCCAGGCUGACUGCAAACUCACAGAGAUCUACCUGUCUCUGCCUCCUGAAUGCUGGCAGUUUUCAAUGGUCAGAGAGAAACCCACAUCCCAUUCAUCAAGGGUUAGACCUUGUUUGAAGCUUGUUUGUGCUGCUACCUUAGAAAGACAAAGGAAAAGUGAGUUUUCAAUUUUAAAAUCUCAGAUUGUUGUCCUGGCUGCAUGAUGAUUGAUGGAUUAGUUCUGAUUUCUGGUUGGUUUAUUGCUUAAAAUGGAUGAUUUUUUAAACCAACUACAAAUAGGCUGUAAAAUAAGAAAGAUCACAGAGUGUCUGGUCCCACCAUUGCUAUACCCACACUGGUUGCCCUUAUGUCCUCACCAAGAAGCCAGGAAGCUGGGAGCUGGGAGUUCUGCUUCAUCGGGAGUGUUAUGGUCUUUAAUGAAAAGUUGCUUUGAGAAGACAACAUUCCCAAAACCAGUCCCCACCUUCAUAGUGCUCAAGCACCGUCUACUGCUGGUUCUUGCUGCCUUUGUUGAGUAUGUGGGUAUGUGACCACACUGACCUGGAAGCAUUCACAUCACUGUAAAACUGCUUUCUCCAUGCUAGUUUCAGACCAUCUCCAAUUUCUUUCUUGCAUGUUGUUGUAUGUAAGUGUACCAGAUAUGCAGACAUACAAUAUCAAUUACAUCAUCACCCUUUUGGCCCAAUCACAUUUGGAAUUCUAAAACAAAGGGCAUCAAAUUUGACAGCCAAGGGAAAGAAAAGUUAUGCCCACCAACUAAAGUGAAUAUUUAUGAACUAAAGAUUUCUUAUUCUAUGCCCAUACACAAACAUUCAAAUGCCAUUCAAACAUUCCAACCUCUAGAAUAUAGGAAAUGACCAGCUGUUUCCUAAUGCUUAUAGAGAGGCAAAUAUGCAAAAGAGGGAUGGGAGAACAUUUUAGACUGCCAUCUCUUUGCUUCUCUGGACCAAAGUAUAAAAUAAUACCAGAAUUUCAAGCCAAAUUUUAUCAUUCAUCCUGAAAUAAAGGAAUUAUACCCAAAUGUGUUUGUUUACUCACAGAAAAUCAAGCUAGUCUUGCUUGAUGUCACCUCUCCUAUAGCCCUGGGUAAGGCUGGAAUAGGAGAGAAACUGGGUCCAGCCUAAGGAUUCUAAAAUAGAAACCCCUGGAUUUGCAUUGGCAUAUCCACCUGCCCUCUGGACCAAGCCAGUCCCUGAUGAGAUGGAGCGUGAGAUUAAAUGGUGUUAUUCAACAUCCCAGGAACUAAACAUGCUAGGCAGUGUCAGCAGAACUGAACACAUGUUCAAAGAGUCAGGGAUAGGGUUGCUGAUCGGCUCAGCAGAUGAUGCAGAAUGUUGACAUCUCACUUCAGAGCGCUAUGAAAGCGGCAAGGACCGUUUCAUAUUCAAGGAAAAUGCUUUGCAAGGCAUCUGAGGGGUGUCACCUGACAGCAGCCAUUAGAAUUUAUUUCCUAGGGAAGACAUGAGUGGAGAGGUUUGGAGGCCUUUCAGCAAAACACCACUGCCUCGAUGAUUAGAUUCCUGGUAACAUUAGUAUACAUCUGCUCCUGGCCAGAGAGAAAUGGCCGCCUGACUUCCUACCACCACCCCAAUUCCUGCAUCUUGUAAAUACCUCUCUGACCUAAGGUGGAGGAAGACGGAGCCUAUAUGAGGUUGUCCACACCCAGACCACCUCAACAGAAAGCUGAUCACAGAAGAGACAACUGUCAUGCAAUUUGAAGUAUUGAGAGAAUUGCAUUGAAGUUAUUUGAUAGGGUCUGAUGCUUGCCUAAAUAUAAGAAUUUCAGAGCAUUUCAAUGGGCUCUCUCUCUCUCUCUCUCUCUCUCUCUCUCUCUCUCUCUCUCUCUCUCUCUCUCUCUCUCUCUCUCUCUCUCUCCUUCCUUGUACCCAGAAAGAUUGUGACUCCAGUAAGUAGCAUGUUACAGAUCUGGAAAAAAAAAGUGUGCUAUAAAAGCUGACUCCUAUUCACACAUAUUCACCUGGCUUAAUAACCUUUGAAGUUAUGGUCCUCAAUCCCCAUGCCUCUCUCACAACAUUUUCUUCAAUUAACAGGCAAGGCCUUCCCACUAAGAGAGUGGGGGGGGGGUCUAAAAAUCAAAAGGGGGGAAGGAGAAAAUAAUUUACAUGUAAUAGAAUUUCUAAAAGAGCAAUUGAAAUAUAUGUAUCUGUGAUGUUUAAAGUGGUUACAAAUAGCAGAAAUCUUUAAACGGUUACUAGAGCCUACACAUGUCCUAGGUUUAUUUGAAAAUCACACGUUAAGAAGGCCUCAGGAAAGAGGGUUCCCGUGCCUUGUCCCAGUGUCUGUCUGAGUUUAGUUUCCUGCCUCUGGAUCUUUGUGGCCCUUUUUAAUCUCGCAGCCUCAUAUUCUUUGAAAUACAUAACUAACAAGAAAAGCAAUAAAGGAAAUACAGCCAGCUCAGAUCCAAUACUUAUUAUUGCACCUUUGAAGUAUUUCUUUCCUGUCACUGGGCACUUUGGGUCUGCAUAGGCUGUGGUGCCUCAGCGACAGGAAGACAUGGACUUCUAUGGCUUGCAGAUGUGCUCGUGUUUACCACAUCUGGAAGUGGCUUGCUUUCCAUGUAGGCCUCCCAGAUAGCACGCAUCCGCACGCCUUUCUUACACACAGACAAUCAGCCUCGCUCCAAACUACCUAGAUGUCACCAAAGUCUUUAAUCUUGCUAAUGAGUUUUCUCAAGAAAGAGUGGGAGGGAGGGCCGCACAAAGGACAGAUGAGUGCAAGACCUAGCCAGUUUUUGGGAGACAAGACUGGUCCUAAAAGUUUAGACAGAUGGGCUCAAAUCAGUGUACAGUGAGGGACUGAACAGAAAAGCGUGUUGCCUAAGCCAAGGCACUUUUCCUAAAACAUUGAUGGGCUAGAUCGGAAAACUAAUAAAUACGUAAGGACAGAAAUGUGACAUGGGCUUGUGUGGGCUCCCACCAAGGACUGAUUCCAGUAGGGGAAUCUGUCUGCUGGUCACUAUAGUACAAAGGACCACCAAUAUUAAACCAUGGGCUAUCAGCAAAGAGAUCCUAGUAUACCCAAGGUCAGUGUUUAACACUGACAGAGAAGUCCCCACCCAGCUUCACCCAAAGACAGUCCCACUGAUGACCUCACCUGUUUUCCUUCAUGGCAGAAGACAACUGCAUCUGAACACUUUCCGAUCUUUUAUCCAUGACAUGACUGAAAGUUGCUACUGGGGGACCUUCUACUUACUUUCAUCAAACGUGUUUUGUUUGCUUAGGUGAUUUCUUCCUCCUCCCCCUCCUUUUUCUCCUCUUCCCUUUCUUCCUGCUGCCGUCACUGUUCCUCCUCAAUGUAAAUAUUCAGGACUUCUAGACCUCCACCCCCAACAACACUUUUCUGUGUGUGACUACUCCUUGGAGGAGACCAUUCUAAUUGCUGUUGAAUGGUGGGCCGAAUCUAUUACCACAGAGAGCACAAUGGUACAAACACCUUCCAAGGACCAGGAAGUAGACUGGAACAUGGUACCAAUGGGAAUUGGUUGUCUGGUGUCAAGAUGAACACUGGGCACAGCAUUAUCAUAGAGUGCUUGGUGAGGUUAAGAUCACAGCUCUUUUUGCAACUUGCAUCUUCAUUCCAUAGCCACAGAGGAAAUAAGAAGGGAGCCAUGUUAGAUCAUUCCAAGACUCUGGGUUUGUGCUUGUCUGCACUGAUUACCCAGAGAAAGUAACGUUUUCCUUUCAAAUGGGAAAUCAGAGAAAGGGUUGGAGUGCCUCUCGUUGAGUCCCUCAGUGCAUUUACUUCCCAUGUAGUACGUUGAUAGAAACAGUUAGGACACGUCCUGACCUAGGAAACUGGUUAACAAAGGAUGGGAAUUUCCUCUUGGGUUGCAGUUUCUUCACAAUGGAUAUAUAUGUAACCAAGGCCUCGAGUGCUUUUACAGAUCUGUAAAACACUCAACUAUCCAAAAGGAAAUACUAAUUUUCUUAAAUCAUGUUACACCCACACAAGCAAGAGAAAAGUGAAAUAAGUCCGAAUCCCAGAAUAAAACCAUUUGCAGAAUGAAACUGCAUGUGUGAAUUAUUGCAGAGAAUUCCUUGCCAGUUAAUUCAGUACAUCUCCAGUUCUUACCAUCAGGAAAAACUGAAGGACAAUGGAUGCCUUUUGGGUUUUUUUAAUUUUUAAUAUUGCACUUUAUAGUAUUUCAUAAGAGACGAUUGUCUUAAUUAAAGCCAUAAAAUACCAAUAAUGCAUAUAUUCAGGGCUUCUGAAUAUAGUCAAUAAACAGUCCAUGAGUCAUUCUGUGUCGUUUGUUGUAAAAAUGAUUAUCUGUUCCGUUUUUUAUUAGUUACAACUACUCUUCUAGAUAGUCAUAAUCUACUAAUAAAUUUUUAGGUGUAUAUUUUAAUCAAACUGUUUGAAAAUCAAAGAAAUUCUUUGUUUCACAGAAGCAUUUUCUUCUUUCUCAAAGUAGCUUGCCGCAUGGUUUCUUUAAGCAGCGAGUUAUACUACCACACUGGAAAUAGUUCUUUUUCAAAAAUCCUAGAUUAUUUUCUUCUGGAGUCCAUUUGCUAUGUAAAGCACGAUUCAUCCACAUGGAAAUUGAAAUGGAUAAUUGGCAAACAUGUCUGGAAAAAUUAGGAUGUGUUUGUGUCUGUAUAUAAACAUACGUUGGGUCUAAGAAGUUCCCUUAUAAAAAAUGGCAAACAGAUAUACAACCUGUUGAUAAACCUAAAUUUGUCUGUGUCCCUAGGAGAACAAGUGAAGACAACAGACUCCAUAGUGCAGUGGUAAUUUAUUUCCUAUUCUGUUAAAAAAACAGUUUCUGACCAGGAUGGGAAGUUAUUCACACACAUAAAUGUCCCCACAACUAAAAUCUUCAAUAUUUCACUUUGCAAUAUAAUUUGAGUGAAAGCUAAUAUAGUGACUAAAAGGCACAAAAUAGCCUAGAACAAUCCACCACAACUAGGUAUCUAAAUCUUCUGCGUAAGCCCAAGUAUUAAAUUGAACAACUUCAUUAAUCUUAGGCUUUCACAGACAGUUGUCCCUAAGAAAAUAGUGUGUGAAUACAGAGGCACUGAUGUUCCUCUAUCACAGGCUGUUUAGGGGCCAAAGAUUCUCAAAGAGUCAGGCUGUCCAUCAAGAAUAGUUUCUGUUGCAUUCUGCACAGAAUCCAUUGUGAUCCCUGUACCUAACCGUGUUCUUCUCAAGUCUCCACAAGCUUCCAUUUCACAAUGCAAACACAGAGAGGUGCAUGAAAAAAAAAAUGUGAGUUGCAAGCCAGGCAUGAUGUCACACCUGCAAUCCCAGAACUGAGGAGGUAGGGACUGGAAACUCCUGGCCUACUUUGGCUACACGAGAUCCUGUCUCGAAAGCAGUAAAAAAAAAAAAAAAAAAAAGUAAGAGUAACAAGCAACAAGCACUACCCUCCUGGUUUGAUGAAGCCACUGCUAGUGCAAAAAAAAUUUUAUGCAUUUAUUAUUUGCAUAUUUUUAAAACAGAAAAUACUAUUAAUGCUGAUUCUAACACAGAUAUGUGGCCUAAAAGACACAGCCUGUCUUUUAAACGGGUUAUGUUAAAAAUAUCAAAACGUACUCAAAAUCUUCUGUUUUGAGAUGCUCAGUUAUUGCCAACCACACCUUUUUCUUGCACUAGAACAGAACCUAUGACCCAGAUUUGGUCAGGAUAUUUCACCCAAUAAAUAUAUAUAAUAACUAUGCCAAUCAAAAGAACAAAAGCAGUUUCUUAGAAUUUUUAAUGAAUACAUUUUGGAAGGAUCAAACAUAUCCGAAUGCCAUUUUUGUGAAGGAUCUUUUUAGAGGAGGUCAGGGUCUCACACUGUCAUUGUUCUCCUGGAUGCUAAAGAAACAUCUUAGCCCCUAUCUUCACCCCCAAGACUCCUUUGGAUGCACUUUACAGCCGUCUUUCUCAUUCUGUGUGUUUGUCGUGAGCAGUUUUCGCUGGCUGGCUUAGAUAUAUAGCGACCCUGUGUCAUUUACUCUGUGACUCUGUCUGUACAUAACUGGAAUUGGGAUUGCACCUGUACAUAGGCCGUGUGGAGCAGUGUGCUUCAGUCACUCGCUCUCUCUCUGAUAAAGGGCAUUCCUCCAUGUUUCACUGUCUGCAUCCUUGUGCUUCUACUACUGAUAACCAACCUGCUGAGUACACUUUAUGUAACUAAGUCUCCUCGGUGUGAAAAUAAUAACAAUAAAACAAUUGACUCCAAAA